AUGAAUCAGUCAGCAACCAUGUCGUCAUCCAUGCCAAUGGAGCUCAGCUUGCCCCAAGUGGUGCCGGGAGGUAAGCACUUCAGCUACUACGUCGCCAUCAGCGCGAUCCUGGUCGUGGCGUGGCUGUUCCAGUCGCGCAAGCAGAAGCUGCCUCUGCCGUUCUACAAGGCGGCCAAGACAAAAUGGAUGUUCGACGCCGAGACGUUGAUUCGCGACAGCUAUGGCAAGUUCCGCGAUACCGUCUACCAGAUCAAGGCGACAGAGGGCCUGCAGGUUCUCAUUCCCGCGAGUCUCAUCGGCGAGCUGAGAAGCCUGCCGGAAGACAUCCUCAGCGCGACGGAGGCCGUUGACGAGGCCAUGUUGAGCCGGUACACCAACUUCACGCUGGGCCCCCACGCCGACUUGUUGUCGACGCUUGUCCGAUGCAAGCUCUCCCAGAACCUGGCCAGGCUCGUGCCGCAGCUGAAAGGCGAGCUCGAGUACGUCGUGGCCACCGAGUUUCCCGAGUGCAGGGACUGGACACCGGUCAAGUUCCAACCGUUCGCGCUGCGAGCCAUCGCACGGAUCAGCGGCCGCGCCUUCGUGGGAUCCGACAUCAACCGCCAGGAGAAGUGGAUGGACAUCAGCAUCAACUUCGCCAUCCAUGUCUUCGUCGCCGUUGUCAAGAUGCAGCUGUUCCCCGAGUGGGCGCGGCCGGUUGCGCAGUACAUGGUGUCGGAGCUGCGACAGAUCACGAAAGACAUCGACCUCGCCAGCAACAUGCUGAAACCCGUCAUCGAGGAGAGGCUGCGUGACAUGGAGAUGCCCAACUACGAGGAUGCGCCCGACGACCUGAUCCAGUGGCUCGUGGAAGCGUUGCCCGCGGAGGAAAAGGUAGACGUCAGAGCACAGGCGCACUUGCAGCUCAUUCUGGCGGCGGCGUCGAUUCACACGACGAACAACCUCGUCACCGACUGCAUCUACGAUCUUGCGGCCAACCCAGAGGCGCAAGAGAUGUUGCGCGAGGAGGCGCAUCAGGUGUUGGUGGUUGAGCAUGGGUGGGCGAGGAAAGAGAGCAUGGCCAAGCUUAAGAAGCUCGACAGCUUCAUGAAGGAGACCCAGCGCUUGGCUGGCAACAUCACCUCCUUCAUCCGAAAGGUCAUCAAGCCCAUCCACCUCUCCGACGGCACACACCUGCCCUCAGGCACCAAGCUGCUAGCACCACAAGCCGGUAUCUCCCACGAUGAGCGGUACUUCGAGAACCCGGACACGUUCGACGCGCUGCGUUUCUACAAACUACGACAAAAGUCCGACGAGGACGCCAACAGGUGGCAGUUCACCAGCAUCAGCGACACCAACAUGAACUUCGGCGCCGGCAAGCACGCGUGCCCCGGUCGCUUCUUCGCGGGCAACGAGAUCAAGAUGAUCCUGGCCUACUUCCUGCUCAACUACGACAUCAAGCUCAAGGAGGGCGAGACGAGGCCGAAGCCGAUGGUCAUGGUCAUGAGCAAGUCGCCGGAUCCCAACGCCGAGAUCCUCUUCAGGCGGCGGACGGCGGCGGCGUAA